CGCGCUGCUCUUACCCAUCAUGGAGUGUGCAGGAAAGGACAUCAGCUGCUGGUUCGACCCCGAAACCAAAGACGUCCUGAAAUACGUCGACCCUCUGACGAACUGCGUGAGGUACUACACCCCCAGGGGGCGCUUUGUGCACACCCCCCCCGCCGGCCCGCGCUCUGACUGGGCCAACGACAUCGGGCAACCGUGGUGGAGGGACGAACGCUACGAGGUGGGACAGCUGUCCGCCAAGACCAGGUGGAUACGAGUCAUCAACACACUGACGUCACAGGAGCAGCGGCUGCAGGUGUGCUCGGAGGAGACUCUGGCUGAGAUCCUGCAGCGUUACCUUCGCUUUAACGCCCACGCCAUCAGCUACACGUGGAAACACGGCGGGGCGAGCCUGGACAUGAGCCGCACGCUCAGCGAGAACGACGUCCCCGACGACGACCUCCGGCUGCAGCAGCUGCGACUGGACCCCGACCUGUUCGCCCCCGCCAUCCUGCUGCACUUCAACGACGACCUCACCGAAGGCUGACCUCUGACCUCUGACGGCCUGAUCAGUUCACAGAAGUCGCCGCGUGAGAACUUCAACAGAAAAUUAAAACGCUCAGAAACUCUUUCCUUUUUGAUCUGUCAGACACAAACA